AAAUAACUCGAGGUUCUCUUACCCGACCCAGGUUUUUGUACCUCCUCGUUCAUAAAGUUGUGGAACCGCCAUAAUUUCCAAGCACGCAGUCCCUUUCUCCCGUCUCAGUUGCGAAGACGCCUCCGUCUCAUAUUUUCGCAAAGGCCCACAAUAUGGACGAUUCCAUACUGCUGCUACUGCCUGACGACAGCGUCAACAUUCUCCAGCCAGACGCCACCGUCCACGUCAGCGAUGUCAUGGCAAUGUACCCCGGCUGCCACGUCAGCAGCCUCGACUCCGACGAAGCCAUUCUUCCGCUGCGAACCAUGCUCCUUCCGGGACGCACGUACCACGUCGUGGUUCCGGGGACUAUUAUUUUCGAAAGCGACUUAAAAAAAGAGAUUAUUUUUAAGAAAGCGGCACCAGCAGAGCAGUCCGUUGAAGAUUCCCCGUGCUCCGAGUCAGGGAUUAUGAAAGCCGAGCCAGAACCCGGUGCCGUGGCCGGCAACCGGCCGUUUAAAAAAGACGCAAUCAGAUCGAGCCGGCGGUUGAGCGCGCUCCACACGGUGGAGCAGGCCGUCAGCGCGUUUGGCGCGUGUGUCGACGACACCACCGGCGUCGCCGGCGAUUUCGUCGCCGAGAUGGCGAAACGUUUCGCGCCCGACGACGACAGCUGCGGCAACGAGCCGCUUCCAGGCAACCUAUCGCCGUACGCCACGUGGGUGGACGAUGUAAACGCGCCUCGGAGUCGCGGCACGAUCCCGCGAUCCACCACUCUUGAACCAGGGGCCGUGUAUGAUGCUAUGCCGGGAAUAACGGCUGGACUGGCGGCUUUUGGCAUGGCGGAAGCGGCAAUGCCGCUCUCCGGCGGUCACGCCGCCGCGCAUCACGCCAUCUCGCAGCAUCGAUUCGCUUCACCAGCCACCGUGCGUCACGGCAACAGCCAUGCGGCCGCUUACCGCAGCAGACACAGAAGAGUGGCUUCGCAGUCGCACCUUUCCUUCGACGACGGUCCCGCCAAUGCCGCCAAUGCCGCCAUUGCCGCCAUUAUCGCCGCUGACAACUGGACCAACCACGUGUCGCCAGCGCAUCCACUGGCGCAGCAGCUGCCGCUUGUUAGCGAGUCGUCGACGCGCCUUUCGCCGAACUCCGAGUCGCUCUCGCCCAACGGAUCUUUCACCGAGUCUCUCUCGUCUGGAGGCUCCUCCUCUAGUUCCAUAUCGCUGACCCCGACUGGGGAUAGUGCCGGCGCCGCCUUUGCGGCCAAGUUUUUCUCGCCUUCCAGGAGGUUUCCCAGCAGCAGCUCCUUCAACGGCAGCAGCAGUGGCAGCAUUCCUAUUUCCGUGCAAGAGGAUCUGGACACCAGCUCGCACGAUUCGGAAGCUCCUGGCCUUCUUGACAGGUUUGGGAGUGGCGGUUUCAUGAUGAUGUCGUCUCCGAGAAGAGAGGACAAGCGUGGCGGGAAACACGACUCGCAUGGGAAGGCCUCACUGCUCAAAUGGUUUUCUAAAAAGCAUGGCGCGGACAGCAAUGAAGGGCAUUCUAGUCAUGGGCGUAAAACCGGGUCCAGCCGGCUUUCUGGGCUGUACAUUGACAGCAGAAGUGGCACUUUCAGUGAGGAGUGGUGCUAGAAGGCCUACCAUGUACCAACCAAUGGCUGACUAGAGUCCCGUUGGGCCCUACUUUUCUACAACAGUCGAUGGCUUUAGAAGAUGUAUCAAGUGUUUCAAAAUAGUAUUGCGUCACUUUAGUCACCCCCUCUCAAUGCUCAAUGAGGCGUAUGUUUGAAAUUCGUUUUCCGUGGUUUGUAAGCUUAUUGUAUAUUG